UGGUCCUGCACGCCCCACCUCCGGCAAAGAUCAAGCGGGAGCUGCACAGCCCUUCCUCAGAGCUGUCAUCCUGCAGCCAUGAGCAGGCUCUCUGUGCUGGCUAUGGGGACAAGUGCCUCUACAACUGCUGUGCCUACGACAGGAAGCCCCCCGCCGGGUUCAAGCCAUUAACGCCACCCGCCACGCCGGUGUCUCCUGUGCACCAGGGAUCGACCCUGCCGCCACCUGCCCCAGCUGUGCAGGCAGCUGCCCAUGGGGCAGCCCCGGCCCCGCACCCGCUGCAGGAGCAGAGGCAGCAGACGUUCGCCGUGCCGCAGCCGCCUCACCCGCCCAUGCACAUGCCAAAGAUGAUGUCUGAAAACCAAUACCCUGCAGAGCACAGGUUUCAGAGGCAGCUGUCUGAGCCCUGCCACCCCUUCCCACCGCAGCCCGGGGUCCUGGGGGACAGCCGCCCUGUCUACCACCGGCAGCUGUCAGAGCCCCUUGGCCCCACUGUCCCCCGCCCUGCUCAGGGAUUCAAGCAGGAGUACCAUGACCCGCUCUACGAGCAUAGCGGCCCCAACCUGCCCGGCGCCCCCAGCCACGGCUUCCAGCCCCCCGUGGGCAUCAAGCAGGAGCCCCGGGACUACUGCAUUGACUCAG